AGACAGCGAAGGGAACGGGGACACGGACACGGACCAGGAGCACAGAGAGGAGGCGGCGUCGAUGUCACCAUGAAACUGAGCGUGAGCGCGUAUCGGGCGCAUGCAUCCGCACACAAAAAGAUACUCUCCAGCGGCUAUCACUCGCAGCUCAAUUACGGCAGCACUGGAGCGGCUGCUGCAUCAUCAUCAUCAUCGGCAGCAGCAGCAGCCACGGCGGGCACCUCGUCGUCGGCCACUGCAGCGGGCCUAUACACGAUGGAAACGCAUGAGCAGCACGGCGGCAAAUUUGCGAAGGAUAUAGCCAGGCUUGAGUGCAACAGUGACACUGAUGUCAUCAGUCCGACGGGGACGAGCAGCUCCGGUGGCGGCGGUGGCGCGACGGAUGCGCAUCACAAGCGACAUCAUCAGCAUCAGCAUCACAAGGGCGGAGGCGGCGAUGAUGAUAAUAACAGUGGGGCGCAUUCGUCGGAUAGCAAGAGUCCCAGUCAGCGGAAAUCGCGUAUCGGAGAUGGAGCUUCGGAUCCAGAUUCCGAUUGGACACGCUCGAAUCAACGCUGGAUGAAGCUGCGAACGACCGUACAGAUUUCAUCGGCAAUACAAAAGAAACCACCGCUAAAGCGCGAAGACUCAUUCCUGAAGCGUUUCUCAACUAGACAGAUACCCGAAACACAGGAAACUGUUGAAGACACGGGUUCAGAAAGUGCCUCUGGUGACGUCGACAAAAGUGUUAAACGCAGACGACGCUAUCUGCAGAAACGACGCUCCGUUGUUAAUCCAGAUGAAAAUUUUUACUUCUAUUGGCUAAUGAUGCUAACUGUAUGUGUUCUAUAUAAUCUAUGGACCCUAAUUGUGAGGCAGAGCUUUCCUGAACUGCAGCAAUCUGUGCCUACAUUUUGGCUCAUCUGCGAUUCAUUGACAGAUGUUGUAUUUAUCUUAGAUAUAAUAGUUCAAUUACGCACAGGCUAUCUGGAGCAGGGUCUAAUGGUAUAUGACGACAAGAAGCUGGCCUGCCAUUAUGUGCACUCGCGCGACUUCUUCUUCGAUAUGGUGGCGCUAAUACCCCUGGAUCUGCUGCAACUGAAAAUGGGCACACAUCCGCUUUUGCGUUUUACGCGGUUUUUUAAAGUUUAUCGAUCUGUGAGAUUUUAUUACAUCGUAGAGAGUAGAACAGUUUGGCCAAAUUUAUGGCGUGUUGUUAAUCUAAUUCAUAUCCUGUUAAUAUUGGCGCAUUGGUUCGGUUGUUUCUAUUUUUUGCUCUCCGAAGCGGAGGGUUUUCAGGGCGAUUGGGUGUAUCCGUAUAGGCCGGGUGACUACGCCACUUUGACGCGCAAGUAUCUGGGCAGUCUCUACUGGUCCACGCUCACCCUUACCACCAUCGGGGACCUGCCCACGCCGGAGACGAAUGCAGAACCGAACUUUUCGGUGGACGGCCCAAGAUCAAUACCAAGACGUGGCAUUAAAUCACGCCUCCUUCAGUUUGGCUCUAGCUAUGGGUAUAUUUUUACGAUCGUUAGUUAUUUGAUUGGUGUUUUUAUCUUUGCGACAAUUGUGGGCCAAGUGGGCAAUGUGAUAACAAAUCGUAAUGCGAAUCGCUUGGAGUUCGAGCGACUGCUGGACGGCGCCAAGACCUAUAUGAGGCACCACAAGGUGCCCGGCGGCAUGAAGCGACGCGUGCUGCGCUGGUACGACUACAGUUGGUCGCGGGGUCGCAUCCAGGGUGGCGGGGACAUCAAUACCGCUUUGGGCCUGCUGCCCGACAAACUGAAAACCGAAUUGGCCUUACACGUAAAUCUAAGCGUACUGAAGAAGGUGACCAUAUUCCAAGAGUGCCAGCCAGAGUUUCUGCACGAUUUGGUGCUGAAAAUGAAGGCAUAUAUCUUCACCCCGGGCGACUCAAUUUGUCGCAAGGGCGAAGUGGCGCGCGAGAUGUUCAUCAUAGCAGAUGGCAUACUCGAGGUGCUGAGCGAGACGGGAAAAGUGCUGACCACCAUGAAGGCAGGUGAUUUUUUUGGCGAGAUCGGCAUCCUUAAUCUGGACGGCUUAAACAAACGCACCGCCGAUGUGCGCUCCGUGGGCUACUCGGAGCUGUUCUCGUUGUCGCGCGAGGAUGUGCUCGCUGCCAUGAAGGACUAUCCAGAUGCGCAGGAGAUACUCCAGACGCUCGGCCGCAAACGUCUGAUGGAGGUGCGCUGUGUGAACAAGAAGUACGCCAAAGCGCAAAGCGACAAGGAGGCGGCAUAUGCGGCUGCCCAUCAUCAUCAUCCGGCGCACCAUCAUCAGGGACAGGUGCACCAGAGCGAUAGCAGCGAGAAUAGUGCGUCCAAGAAGAUUGUCGACAAGCUCAAGCACGAUGUUAAGGGUUUCCGCAAUGUGCUCAAGAAGUCCAGAACCUCACGCAAGAGUGAUGAAUCGCUCGAAAUGCAGCCGUUGCAUAACACCUCACCACGUGGCAGCAAAAUUAUGCUGAAGCGCAUGUCGCGCGUGCGCUCGGACGAGAAGGACGCCGAGGAGGCCAAAGAUGAGUUGCACGACAAGACGCCUAGCCCGAUCGGGGCUGGGCUGCCGCUGUUGCAGCGUCUGCGGCUGCUGAAGGAGAAGCAGGAAUCAAUACAGGAAGAGCCCGAACGCGAGUUCAACGAAGGCUUUCCCCUAAUACAGCGACUGCAGCAGUUGAAAAUAAAAAACGAACCGCAGGCGAUCGAGACGGCCGCCAGCGCCAUGGUAAAUACGCCGCCAAACAUCAGCAGCAAAAUCGACACACAUUUCGGUCCAGGUAUUAGCAGUGCGCCCGGUUCAGGUACCGGCCUGGCUGGGCAGUCUUUGACGGUCGCCCAAAUUAAGCCGAUCAUGAAGGUCUCGUUCAAGCAGAAGAUCCAGCAGCUGCAGAGUGGCAGUCUAGGAGGGGCCGCUUCAAGCACCAUGAGCAGCAGCACGGGCGCCAUUGCCAAGAAGGAGCCACCGAAAUCUCUGGCCGUAGUGGCCAAGCACGCAACAACGACAGCGCCGUUGUCGACAAAAGCCGAUGAGACAAUGGCAGCAGCAUCGCUGCCCAGCCAGAGCAUAGCCACAAUAUCGAAAAAAGUGAUAAAACCGUCCCACAAGCUGCACACGCCUCUACACUCCGACACGGACACCGAUGGCACGCCCAUCAAGCCCUGGUCCAAGCUGAAGCUGGCCACGCUCAUGUCUUCCAGCUACACCAGUCUGACCAACUGUUCGCCGGACGACUUGAGCACCCCGCUCAAAAACUAUUCGCUAAGCAACAUUCCCCAGCACAUGUUGGCUGGUGGGGAUUCUGGCAGAGGAAGUGGUGGGGGCGGUGCCAGACCGCGACACAGCAGUGCGCGUAGCUCGCGUUCUCCGCGCCAUGCAUCCACCUCUUCGACAUGCUCCUCAACUACGCGCAGCACCCUGACCACGACGCGCGAAUGCCUGGAGCAGAGUGCGGCUCUGAAGUCGGCACGACUCAAAAAGGACACACAACCGGAGCCGGAGACGACGACGGACGGACGCAAGUUCUAUCAGAGUGUCUUCGAUCUGUCGCCUGAGUACUGUGGCCUGCCCUUCGUUAAGCGCCUGAAGAUACUCAACGAACGCCAGAAGCUGGCCGAGCUGGAGAAGGCGCUGCAGACGCGCAGCUUCAGCCUGGACUGCUCCACGUCGACCAACAAUAACGAGGUGCCCAUUUCGGAGUCGCUCUAUCGCUGCUACAGCGACACUUCCGGCAUCUACUCGCAGUUUCUCAGUACCUACGAAUCAACGACCAGCUCCGCAUCCACCUCGACUAAUACCUCGGCCUCGGCAUCGGCCUCAGCGUCGGCUUCAGCAUCUGCUUCCGCAUCGGCGUCGGAUACAAACACAAAGCAACAGCAUGGCUUAGCAUCAUCGUCGACCUUGCAGCCAGACUACAUGCCACUUAGUCCGGAAUCAAAUGAAACACUCGAGCGGCGAAAGUUGAAAAGCAUAUUAAAGAAACUGCACAAGGGCGGUAGCGCCGCCAACGAGCCAGGGUUAAGCGAAGCUACAGUCCCUGCCGGCGAUGCCCAAGACGUGGCGAACGCCAAUGCUGGUUCUAGUAGUGCACCGGCCCCGUCGAGGGGGCUACUCAUGGAGCCGACCUUGGAAGGCCCGCCGGGCAUGGCCAGAGAGGAAACCCAAUUUGCUGCUUUUGCCGGCGGCGCCGCGGCCAACCUAACGAAAAACGUAACACACGCGAUCGCGGUCGGUGCGGCGCCGGACGCCGUUGUCUGGUCGCCGACGUUGGCGUUGGUAACGCCAACGAACUCGCCACAGGAGAGUUUCGCGUUUGAGCCGCAACAGCCGCAAUUCGGUGGCAGUAUCGCGGGCAUCGGAGGCGUUAUCGCUGGCGUUGGCAGCGCCUCAACGUCGUCGUCUGCACCUGCAACGGCUGCAGCAUUGGCAUCGGCAUCGGCAACCUCGUCAUAUGUCGUUGAGUGCUCGUCCUCGUCCUCGUCAAAUAAGAUUCUCUCACAGAACACCGAAUUUCAUGCACAAUCCACAACAUCCACAGAUUUGAAUUUGAAUUUGCAGCUCAGACAGAACACAACAAAUUCAACGACUGUGGGUCAAGUGCCGAAAAUGGAAGGCUUUCCCGAGGCCCAGGACUACUUCAAUCAAAUACUGAGCGGCAUCAAUCAGGUGAUAAAGACGCACAUGAACGAGAUGCACUCCAAGUUUGAGACACAGUUCUCGUCCAUGGCCGGGGAGGUGCGACGUCGGGAUGCAAUCAUAGCACAGUUGCAGUUGAAGCUGCGCAGCAUCGAGCAGAAACCCUCCGGCACCCCCUCACGACGAGCGAAGCGCGAGAAGCUGCCACAACUUUCGGUGGACGACGACGAGCCGGCCGAGCAGGACAACAGCAGCUCCGGCUCCUCCGCUGAACUGCUGUUUAUGCGCGGCGAUUCGCUGGACACGGUGUUCACUUCAUCUCCCCCCAUUCAGGGUGGUCGGCGCAGCAUAUCGCCCGGUCCGAGUCGCCAUUAUGCGUCCUCAGCGAACUCGCUGAACUGCCCCAGCAGCUACUACGGUCCCGGAACGCUAACGCGACAUGCCCAGAGCCACCCCAGCUUCUACACGGCUCACGGCAAUGGGCGCAGUACCAGUAGAGGUGGCUACCGGGACUGGUGUGGCGAUGAGCGCGCGCACAGCAGCAGCUUUGGCGGCACUUCUGCAGGUGCCAGUGCCGUCGUCGUCUCAGAUGUGACGGGCAACCUGACACGUUUGUCGGACAGCGUAAUACUCGACAUUGGGGAGAGCUCCAGCUCGAGCUCCUCGUCCAGCAAGCUGAACAUUGCCGAGGAGGACGACGACGAUGAGGAGGACGAGUUGGAUGAGGCGGCCGAGGCGGAGGAUGAGGUGAGCGCCGAAGCAUUGGGCGGCAGUGGUGCCACCAGUGGCAGCAUGAGCCACAACGACUGGGAGGUUCAAAUGCUGGCGGCAGAGAUGGAACGGCAGGAGCGCAAACGGGGUCACUCGCUCUCCGACAAUCUUGGCGAGCUUAGGCACUGCAGCACCUUCUUGCGACGGCGGCGAAAGUUCAGCGACACCGAGACCGAGUACAGCGAAACGGACAUGGACGAGCACAUGGCCUUGGCCGCCGCCAGUGGUAGUGGCAGCAGCGGCAGCGCCGGUGCCUUGGCGGGCAAUGGUGCGGCCCCAACCACCAGCGUUGCCCCGACGGGGCCUUCGGGCAGCUCGCGACCCAGGGCCUCUAGUCUGGAUCAGUUCAACCUGCGCUACGGCAUCGGUCGUGGCAUCUUUAAAGCAAUGAGCAUCGAUCGUGAUAAAGACAAGCUUUGAGAACUAUAAUCGGUAGAGAAGAUGCAGCAAAUACAACAAAAACCACACACAACAACAACAACAAAUCUUCACACAACGGAACUCUCCACGAGCACGCAAUGGACAAACAAUAAUUAAAGCAAUUCGAACAGUAUAACAAAAGGUACAACUACUAUAUUAUACUAUAUACAAUACAUACUACGUCGAUAUACAUACAACCUAGAGAAGCAAAACAAAUGAAACACAUAUAUACAUAUGUAUAUAUUCUAUAUAUGUUUAACCCUACAUUCCCCAAGUCAAGAAAAAACCAAAACGAAUGAUAAAAUAACAAAAACCAAAACAAAAAUGAAAGAAAAACGAUAUAAGGAAAGCAAAACUUAUGUUGCAUAUUGUAGUUUUAAAGAAGAAGAAACAAAAACGAAAACAAAACAUACAUACAUACACACACACACACAGAUAACCGAAUAGCCAGAGAGUUUUCCACCAUUAUUCCAGUUCGAUCAGCUUCAGUAACAUAAUUCAGCCGUUAACUCCACCCUCCGUACAGUCCUCUUCAAUGGGCGCCAGUGUGACGUUGCGUUCAGCCUGUUCCCAAUUGUUCCAAUUGCCGAUUUCGUUAAUGUUUUUUCCAGUAUACAGAACUCGAAUAUAGUAUGAGAUAUAUACACACUGGCCACGCCCAUUGCCGCCUUCAAUGUAGCUUUAUAUGAUGCGAUGUCGAAUUCGAAUUCUCUGUGUGUGCAUGUGAGUUGGUGAGCAGAUAAUGUCAAAGGUCAAGAGUUCCCACAUUAAACCGUCCUACAUACAAGUAGCGUCCAUGCCCUUGGAGCAUGUUUGUUGUUGUUGUCUUAAGUAUACUUAUAGAUCAUAUAAGAAGUCGCCCAGUUCUCACUGCCCCGGACCCAGCGCAAAGCCCUCAGCUCUCACCUCUCAGCGCCCGCCUCAAUGAUCCAACGGCUCAGUUUCUUUGCCAUCUCGAAUU